AUGUCAAUUCCUGAACAAACAAGCGUUCUGGUGGUGGGCGGUGGCCCUGCGGGUUCAUACGCCGCGGCCGUUCUGGCGCGUGAGGGCAUCGACACUGUGCUGUUGGAGGCUGAUCUCUUCCCCAGAUACCACAUCGGCGAGAGUAUGCUUCCGUCAAUGCGUCACUUCCUCCGCUUCAUCGACCUUGAUGAGACCUUUGAUAAAUAUGGAUUUGUGCAAAAGGUUGAGUUCCACUUUUAUGAAACCACGUAUACGGAUUUCGUGGCUGCCGGUGGUCCUGAUUCCUAUGCCUGGAAUGUUGAUCGUGCUGAAGCCGACAACCUGAUGUUCCAGCACGCUGGCAAGAGUGGCGCCAAGGUUUUCGACGGUGUCAAGGUCACCUCGAUUGAAUUCACACCUUUGGAUGAACAAAACGGCCAAACUGACCCCGAGCUCCCCAACCCCGGACGACCUAUUUCUGCUGGCUGGUCCCGUAAAGAUGGUAGCUCCGGUACUACCAAGUUUGAAUACAUCAUUGAUGCCAGUGGUCGUGCUGGCUUGGUGAGCACUAAAUACUACAAGAACCGCAAGUACAACCAGGGAUUGAAGAAUAUUGCAAGCUGGGGCUACUGGGAAAACGCCAAGAUUCAUGCUCCUGGUACCCAGAGAGAGGGCCAGCCUUUCUUUGAGGCCUUGCAAGAUGCUAGUGGCUGGGUCUGGACCAUUCCUUUGCAUAACAACAAAACUUCCGUGGGAGUUGUUAUGAACCAGGCUACCGCGACUACCAAGAAGAAGGCCAUGGAGGAUUCAUCUACAAAGGGCUUCUACCUCGACACCCUGAAAUCCACUCCCGAGACUUACGACCUCAUUGCCGAUGCUGAGCUUGUAUCUGAUAUCAAGUCCGCCUCCGAUUGGUCUUACAGUGCCUCAACCUAUGCCACCCCGUACAUUCGCAUUGCGGGUGAUGCAGGAUGCUUUAUUGACCCCUACUUCUCCUCUGGAGUUCACUUGGCGUUGGCCUCCGGCCUUUCGGCUGCCACCACCAUCUGUGCUGCCAAGAAGGGUCAAAUCACGGAACCUGCCGCUGCCAACUGGCACUCCAACAAGGUCGGAACUGGAUAUACCCGUUUCCUGGUCGUUGUUAUGAGUGCUCUGAAGCAGAUCACAAAGCCAGAGGAACCUGUUAUCGGCGACUGGGAUGAGAAGAGCUUUGACCGAGCCUUCUCCAUGUUCAAGCCUAUCAUCCAAGGUAGUGCGGAUGUGAAGAGCAAUCUCACCCCAGAAGAGAUCUCACAAACAAUCGACUUCUGCAUGAAGGCGUUCCACCCAGCACCCAAGGAGCAGCGUGAAGCUAUUUUCGAUAAGCUGGCCACUGGCAGUGCCGCUGCUAGUGGUUCCUCAAACCCCGCUCUUUCUGAACAAACACUUUCCGCCGAUGAGCAGCGGAUCUUGACAACCAUGAGAGCCAGGAACGCCAUCCGAACCGAGGACUUGAUUCACAUUGAUAACUUCAGUGUCGAUGUUGUCGAUGGAAUGAUUCCUCACUUGAAGCGCAGAGAGUUGGGUCUUAUUGAUGCUGCAAAGGCUCAGAUCAAGGCCCCCGGUGCUGAUACUAAGCAAUCCGUCUCCAUCUUCUCUUACUAG